ACGCCGCAAGCCCGCAACGGCGCUACUAGUACUCCGUACUCCUUGGUCUCGCAAACAGGAGGAUUCUUCGGAUUCCAAAUUUCCCAACCCCCGAUCCGCCGUUCCUUGUAAUCCACAUCCCCAAUUCUUCGGAUUCAAAUCCAGACGCGAAUCGGUAAACAGGAGGAUUCAAAUCAGCAGCAGGGGCGAAAACAAUUGUAUAGAGGAUAAGAGUUGCAGCAGAUCGAAGCAAGCGACCGCCGACCAUGAGCGCGGCGGCGGAGAAGAGCCCCGACGGCGAGGAGGAGGCGAACCCUCGCGCGGAGGCGUUCCUGGAGAUCAUCAGCAGCGUCCCGCCGGGGGAGGUGGAGGCGGCGCUGUCGGCCUGCGGCAUCGGCCCCACGGCGGAGGUCGCGGAGCAGGUGCUCAAGUCCCGCGCCUGCUACUCCCGCCCCAAGUCCGCCGUCCGCUUCUUCCGCUGGGCGGCGAGGUCCGUCGAGCACACCGCCUACGCGUGGAACCUCCUCGUCGACAUCCUCGGCAAGGCCGCCAUGUUCGAGCCCAUGUGGGACGCCAUCCGCUCCAUGAACCAGGAGGGCGGCGGCGGGGGGCUCGUCUCCGUCGCCACCUUCGCCUCCGUCUUCACCUCCUACUGCGCCCGCGGCAACUUCAAGGAGGCCGCCGCGGCCUUCGACGUCAUGGGCCGCUACGGCCUCAAGCCCGAUGCCGUCGCGCUCAACUCGCUGCUCUCGGCGAUGUGCCGCGUCGAGGGCCGCGCGCAGGACGCCCUGAACGUGUUCGAGCGCAUCAAGGCCACCGUCCCGCCCGACGCCGACACCUUCGCGAUACUGCUCGAGGCGUGGGAGAAGGAGGGGAACGCGAAGGAAGCCAAGAAAGUCUUCGGCGAGAUGGUCGUCCGCGUGGGCUGGGACGCUGCCAACGAGCCCGCUUACGACUCCUUACUCUCCACGCUCAUACGUGGUGGCGAGUUCAGCGAGGCGCUCAACUUUCUGAAGUUGAUGCGGAGAAUGGGCUGCUUCCCGGGGAACAAAUUUUUCAACAAUGCCGUGGAUAUCACCACCAGCAUGGGUGAUUACGCCAAUGCCAUAGCCAUCUGGGACAUGAUGGUCUCUGAAACUCGGCACGUUCCCACUUUCUCAAUGUACAACGCCAUGAUCGGCCUCUGCUGCAAUGUUGGUAACCUCGACUAUGCCCUUGGGAUGCUUGAUGAAAUGCCCCUUAAUGGUGCCUUUGCAAAUUCUGUCACAUACAACACCAUCCUGGAGGGAUUCAUCAAGCAUCGCAAGUCUCGGGAGGCUGAAAGUUUCCUGAAGGAGAUGAGCAAGAAUGAGCAACUGCCUACUGCAUCCAACUGUGCUGCUGCUAUCAGCUUGUUCUUUAAGGAGUUUAACCCAUCUGCAGCGAUCAACGUGUGGCGUUGUGUAGUGGAGCAUAACAUUGCCCCUGCCGAGGACUCUGCUAGAGAGCUAAUAGCAGGGCUGCUCGACUUUGACCGGUUAACUGAGGUGAAGAAGCAUGCUGAUGGGAUGAUUGACAUGAGAGUUGAGUUGUCGCAGUCCACCAUUGAGAAUAUGAAGCGCGCUUUUGUGAAGGCUGACAUGCGUCAAUUCUAUGAUCACAUUGCAAGAAGGCUGAAGCGACGGUAGAUGCACAUGGAUGGUUUAAUCAGCUGGAAUAUGGAAUCAUUGAGCUUGCACCAAACCUUUUGAGGAACUUGAAUGGAGAAAGAGGUCACACACAUUAUUCACUGAAUCUAGCUUGUUUCCCCACUUAAAAUAUGUCCUUGUUUUGUGCAACUUCCAUCACUAGUAAUGCCCUAGUCUAGUCAAAAUUGCUUACGAGCCAAGUGUUUUUGAUAGUCUGAUUAGGGCAAAAGGAAAGCAAUUCAUGAUGCCAUUCAAUUCUCUUUGAGCAUUGCUGAGCCAAGUGUAUAUUCGAUUUGAUAAAACCAACAUGGCUUGGCAGUCAAAUAUGAGAUUCUUAACCCUAAAGCUUUUAUGAAUUUCUUUCUUUCCUUGUCAUACCUUAAAGCCGAGAGACAGUGUUCUAUUGCAAUAUUCUUCUUCUUUCCUUGUACCCUACUUAAAUGCUUCUGGUAGUCAUGUUGCAGAUUUCAUUGCAAUAUGAAAAAUGAGGUUUCUUGAGUUGGGCAGGCUAAAGUUGAAACCUAACACGAGCCACAAACAAAACCGGAAAGAAAACAGAAAAUAAAUAUAUAUAAGCCAUCAAUAAUAGUUACCAUUUGAAUAGAAACUUGCUUGUUUCCUGUGUUCCUCUUAAGGUAGUAUGGCAUCGUGUGGCACCUUGGGUAUGCCAUAUCACCUUGUGUGUGUUCAGUAGUUCAGUACAACCACCAUGCAUGUGGUUGUAGCAAUUUUAUGGAUGUGCAUGCAUGGCUCUACUUGCUUGCAUAUGUUUGUCAUGUGGUCUGCCUGUGCAUGCAUCCAGCUCUCGAGAGGGUGUGGUCCUUGAGCAGUCCUGUGGUGUGCCUAUUAAUUCUGAUAUGCUUUUCUUGAUACCUUUCAUACCUUUACAUCUUAGUUUUAAAAGCUGGACCUCGCUGGGAGCUGAAGCACAAAAAAAAUUCUGAUAUGCACCCCUAUCACUAACUUGGCUCUUGUGUUUGACAAACAUAACCAUUCUUUGCGUUCACUAGAUCUUGUCUGUUACUGGUUAAGCUGGUUUAGCUAGGAUGCAAAAUUAGUCUCUCUUCUAAAUGUUUACUCCAUUCCUACCUAAACCUCUUGACUUAUCCCCCCUCUCCCGCCAUACUUGAAUCUCUUCUAGGUCAUGCUUUUUUAAUUUGUAGUGAUCCAUUGUAGGUACUUAAUCUUUGUGAAGUAACACGCGCAAUUGCUUGGUGUGGAACAUUCAAAGCCACUCACCGUGAUCGUAAAGGCCACCAUGGCAUCAAUAGUGCAUGAAAUGUUGCAUAUUUGGAUUUCUUUUACAAAAGGAUAUUUAGAGGAUUAUUAGGAUAUUCAUAGGAUCUUGACAAAGAUAAGAGUUGAAGAUGGAUAAUUUGACGCGCAACAAGCAUCAUGCCAGAUUCUUUGCAAGGCAUAGUAGGUCGCAGAUGUCUCUACCACAUAGUCAUUAGGGCAAGGUUGAGGCUUUGAUCCAUGAUCGUGAUUUGAGAACUUUUUU